AUGCCCUUCUUCCGGCCCCCAAAGACCGGGAAGGCUAAGCGCAAAAUCAAGGCCUACUACCAGCCGACCCUCCGCUCCCUGGAGACAUUCCUUGGAGGCUACCGGGGAUAUAACGAAACAAGAGCCGAGGGGGAGAACACCGCAGCAUCUGCGGAAACCCCUACGACAAUGAAACACCACACACAGAGAGGCCAGCAGAGUAAACGCAGUGGAGGAGAGUGUAGUGACAAUAAACAACGAAAUAACUCAGCUUAA